CUGCCCGCCCAAACGUCUCCCUUCCCUGCCCGAGUCGUCCCGUCCCAGCCUUUUCCUCCGGCCUCCCCACACUACCCUCGAGCGCCGACCCCCUCGGCACCCGUACAAAUCCUCGCCGCCCUCCCACGAAACCCUAACCACAACGCCCUUCACCUCGCGAGUGAGGCGGCGGCGGGCGGCAAGAGGAGCAAGGAGGCGAGAAGGAGCAGCAGCGGGAGAGGCCCGCGGCCCGCGCGGCAUUGGCGGCGAUGUCCGCGUCCAUGUGCCGGAAGCGGGCGUCCUCCUUCUCCGAGGAACGCUCCCACGCGGAGGCGUCGUCCUCGCCGCUCUCCAAGCGCGCACGCUUCCUCGCGGACGGCGGCAGCCCCAAGCCGCGGGGCGUCGUCGACUCCGACCUGGUGGCCGUGAUCCGCGCGCGGUUCCCUUCCGUGAGGCUUGAGUUCAUUGAAAAGGCUCUGGAAGAAUGUGAAAACAAUUUGGAUUCAGCGAUGAAGUAUUUACUUCCUCUACACUUAGAACCCACAGAAUAUAAUGUGGAUCCCGUGUAUCAAUCUCCCAAUGAAAUGUCUACUGAGGUUCAAGUGCCCAAUGAAGGUAUUGUAGAAUGUAAUGAAGUUCCAGCACCCAUAGGAAGUGUUCCCGGUGCAGAGAACCUUCAAUCAGGUAUCACCCAAUGGGUUGAGAUUCUUAUGAAUGAGAUGGCAAGUGCCUCUAAUUCAGAUGAUGCAAAGGUUCGUGCGUCAAGAGUACUGGAGGCUUAUGACAAGUCCACGUCCUCUUGUAUCCAUACAGAAGCAAUGCAGAAAUAUCAGAAGGAAAUUUUGUUGUACAAGGAACAAUUUGAAGCCGUCAUUAAAGAAAAUACUAUUCUUAAGAAAGCCGUGGCAAUUCAACAUGAACGCCAAAAGGAGCAUGAAGAGAGAAACCAGGAGCUUCAACAACUAAAGCAGUUGGUUAUGCAGUACCGGGAACAAAUUAGGAAUCUUGAGAUAAACAACUACGCCUUGUCCAUGCACCUCAGACAAUCUCAGCAGGGUAACUCGAUUCCAGGGCACUUUCAUCGGGACAUUUUGUGAAACCAGAAGCCAAUACAAGGUUUCCAUAGCAUGAGGACAAGUUGCAGGUCUUGUUGCGAGAGGCUAUGUUCAACAUAUAUCACCUAUACUCAAGAUAUUAUAGGCAAGUGAUACGAUAGCUUUGAUAUAUGGUGAUGUAUACCUUUGUACCUCUGUAUAGUGUGCUGAUUGCCCUCCCGGUCAGCCCAGCAUGAGUCGUGCUGUUGUUUAAGAACAGACAUAAUGUGAUGAAGUUUAAAAGAAAGGAGAAAAACACAUUUGAUUUUUA